AUGAAAGCUUCAAUUAUCUUUGCCGCUGCCGCCUCUGCCUCCUCCACCGUCCAAGUGCUCGAAGGAAACUCUGGAACUUGGUCUUCCCCCGGCUACCCAAAUGGCUACUCAAAGGGCGUCACGAAAUCGUAUGCAAAAUCGGUCGCGCCGAGGGAGAUUUUGGUCCUGGAUUUUGUCGACUUUGACAUUGAAAUGGACGCUGAUUGCGCUUUUGAUUACCUGAAAAUCAACGGCGAAAAACACUGCAACAAACAAGAAACCAACAUCGUCAACAACGGCGCAACAACAACUGCUCCAGCAACAACUACGACUGAGAAUCAAUAUUUCACGACUUUUGCUGCUCAGGAGGCUAAGCCAUCAAUUUACAUUGGAGAAGAUCUCGACGCGGUUUUCAGAACAGACGCGCUUUUCGAAUACAGAGGAUUCCAGAUUUCCUACCGGCUUCUCGACGCUUGCGACUCUUUUUUCAAUAAUGUUGAUGAUGAAACUGUUGCUGCGAAGAGGAACACUUACUGUUAG